AGAUCACUGGCAAGGACAACGGCACGAAGUACUCCGACUUCAUCAAGGCGCAGGCGGACGCCGUCCUCAAGAACGCCGAGCAAGAUGGCGACAAGUACACUAACCUCUGGUACGGCGCCGACGAGGGCGCUGCCAAGCACUCCUCUCAGAGCCAGGGCUCCGCCCUUGGCGCCCUCCUCGCCGCGAGCAAGCAGAGCUGCUAAACGUGUUACGUGACACGCUACUGUGUCACAGUUCAUUUACGACCACGUGUAGCUCCCGGGUUAUGACGCGCACUGGCAGAUGUACUACUCGGUAACGGCUUGCUUUUGUACUCCCACCAUCGCUGUCUUUUACGCACCGUCGGACCUACCCUCAUACUUUACGACCAUUGACUGACCAUGGAGAGGCCUUCUGCUGCCGAUGUGCCAUACCUGGCGGCCAUAUUGAUCCAUACGCGUGAGGCCAUCGAUUGGACCAGCGCACCAUCUCUGUCUGCACCUGAGGGCGAAGCCGGGUCUGAACUUCCCUGCAUCCUGUACCGGGACUCGGAAAAGGCGCCCGAAGGAGAACAGCUCUACGUCGUCAUCAUGUGGACGGUAGUGCAUCCCGAAGAGUUGGUGCAGGGCGCGGUGCUCGUCAUGACGCUCGCCGCCGACGUCGCGCGCAUCGAGUGCCGGGUUUACGAGCCUCUGAACGAGAGCGCGUCGCCGGAAGCGCUAAAGGGGGCGAAGUAUCUCACCUUCCGCGCUAUAACGCCGGCUGAGGGUGCAGAAGAGGAGUUCAACAAGUGGUACGACGAGGAGCAUAUAGGUAUGAUGAGCAAGGCGCCGACGUGGCAGUCGUCGGCGCGCUUCCGGUUGCACUGCACCUCUACGCCGGAGAGGGAGGCGCCCAAGUACCUUGCGAUACACGAGUGGGAGGAUGCGAAAGCAGCGAUGGCUUCGGAUGAGUACAAGGAAGCUCUGUCGACACCAUGGAGGGAAAAGGUGCGGUCAGCAGGGGUGAAGCAAGAGGAAAUGUUACGACUGGAGUUUGUGCGGAAUCUAUGAUUCUUGCGAAGUCAAAGCUGCAUUUCCACGAAAGCGACCGGUCGGCUAUAACCGAUGUAUGCUAUUAGCAAUACAUACAUGAUAUAAGAUAGACAAAGGAAUGGGGUAUAGAGAACGUGAAGCGGCGUAAGGAACUGUAUAGUAAACCGAGGGUUGCAACUUGAGUGCCCC